UGCGCAUGCGCUGCAAAUAUUUUUCGCUGCAGAUUUUUCUGUCCCACCAAAUUCUUCUGCAGUGAUUGAAACUUUAUGGCCAGAUACAUGAGGCCUCCAAAUACGUCUUUGUUUGUGCGAAACAUCUCCGAUGAGUCCAGGCCUGAGGAUUUGCGGCGUGAGUUUGGCCGCUAUGGGCCGGUAGUAGAUGUCUACAUCCCACUUGACUUCUAUACACGUCAACCAAGAGGAUUUGCAUACAUUCAAUUCGAAGACGUGCGCGAUGCAGAAGACGCUCUUCACAGCCUGGACAGGAAGUGGGUGUGUGGCCGCCAGAUUGAGAUCCAGUUUGCCCAGGGCGAUAGAAAGACACCAAACCAGAUGAAGACAAAAGAACGGCGAUCACCAGGCAGAUCCUCCUCUCGACACGACGACUAUGAGCGGGACGGCCGGCGCAGACGUUCGCGCAGCCGCAGCUACGACAGAUACAGAUCACGCAGCCCCUCCUACGACCGCCGCCGCAGACGAUCCGAGAGUCCUCGAGAGUCUCGUGGACGGAUGUGCGCAAGAGGUAGAAGCAGGAGCCGCGAGGACGACCGAUACAGGCAGAGGCCUCGGAGAGAGUCCAGAGGGAGAUCUCGAUCGCGCUCCAGGUCUGCAUCUCCGCGAGAGACCGUCAACCCGGCGUCGUCCUCCCACUACACCGAGGAAGAAGUGCGACGGACGCGCUCCCCAUCCCACUCCAGGUCCCGGUCCGCAUCAAGGUCGCGCUCUCGUUCACGCUCUCGAUCCCGAUCUUGGGCGGGACGCAAGUCGGGAGGACGCUAGAAAGUGUCUCCCUCCCUUCCCCACCCUUCUCCCCACACCUCCCUCCCAUAACCCUCAUUCAGUCAGUUGGACCAGAGUUGGUCAUUUGUCAAGAAAAGUUUGUUUUGACAUGAAUGUAACUUCCACUGAACCAUUUGUAGAUUUGCUUGUUUUUGCAGCUCCAUUUUAAAGACGACGCUGGUCCUUUUCUUGGUUUUGUAAACUCGUCUUUGGUAAAAAAAAAAAAAAGAAAUUCCUGAGAGGAAAAUGAAAUAGUCAGCGGUUUGUGUUCAGUGGUUAGUUGGCCAAGAAUAAUCUAUUGUCUUUUUUAUAUACAGUAACUGAUAAUUUUGUUUUCUAAACCCUUAUGUACCCAUUUUUGCUAUUAAAUAAAAGAGAACAUUCAGUAUUUUAAAGUCCCGUUUGUUGAUGAGCUAUACCAGCAUUCCUGUGUGUUUUACUGCAUUUAUAAUUACAUACUUCUACUUUACUGGCCAUUUUCCAAAACUGUAAAAAAGAUUUUUUUUCUAGUUUUUUUUCUUCUUCCUCUAUCAGCCACGCUUGUCCUUCAUUAUAAGAAAAUAUUCUUCAGAAAUUUGCUUGAGACAUGUAAUCUGCCGCGGUGAACAAUAUUAAGAUAAUAAUCAGUUUUUAUUGUCACAUUUAAAUAAUGAGAGCAUGAAUCAUUCACUUGUAAAAUGCACCUUAUUUCUCUGCAACAAUAACAUGAACGAAAAAAUGAAGUCAGACAUAAACUUCACUGUGAGGAAUUAUACGUCGAACAAGUUUUUAGUUGAUUUUUGAGCAGCUGCCUGGAAGGAAAAACAUUUUUAAAAGUGUUACGGUGUGUGUAUGAGUAUGUUGGCUAAAACACACAGAAAUGCUGCGUCUGUAUGGCCCUUUUAAAGUGUUACACAUGUGACUUAAACCACAAACUGUCUGGAAAUGUACAUUUUUGUUUUUACUUUAGUUGUGUUUUCUGUAAGAGUGGACCUUCUCAAAAAAGGUAUUUCAUAUUGGAACAUUUCUCCAAAUAUCGGUUCUAAAAAGGAGGAACAGAGUGUCAUUGGUGUUUAAACGACUGAGUUAAUGUUUUUUGUUUUUUUUUCUGAAUAAAUCGUGUCACUGCAUGUUUUAUCCUCCUAAUCUCUCUUUAGUAAACUGUUAUUUUGAGUAAUAAACAGAUAACAUUCAGUAUAAGGAAACUAUGAGUGGCUUCAAUUUGUAAAAUCUGCUAAUGGAUACAACUUAAGUUUGUUACUAUAGCCUAAUAUUCAUUUAAUGUCUAAAAGGGAUAUCCACAUUAGUCAUUCCCUACAGAGGCAGCUUCUAUAUCAAGAUCAGUGUUGAGGGGGAACUAGUUACAUGUA